UUUAUCCACCGGGACCAUUGGAUGAUCCAGUCUUUCUAAUGAUAGUUCAGUCAUGUCGGCACCUGCCAUGGGGACCAGCAAAACAGCGCACAGUGAGUCCGGUCACAAGAAGAAAAAGGGCCCCGGAACACUGGCCACAGCAUAUCUGGUCAUUUACAACGUGAUUAUGACAGCAGGGUGGCUGGUGAUCGCUGUUGGUCUUGUUCGAGCAUACCUCGCCAGAGGAAGUUAUCAUGGGCUUUAUUACUCCAUAGAGAAGCCCCUGAAAUUCUUUCAGACCGGUGCACUGCUUGAGAUAUUGCAUUGUGCCGUGGGAAUCGUUCCCUCUUCUGUGGUCCUGACUGGAUUCCAGGUGAUGUCACGGGUGUUUCUUACUUGGGCAGUGACACACAGUGUUAGAGAAGUCCAGAGUGAAGACAGUGUUCUCCUCUUUGUGGUGGCCUGGACAGUCACUGAGAUCAUCCGAUACUCUUUCUACACCUUCAGCCUGCUCAACCACCUGCCUUACCUUAUCAAAUGGGCAAGGUACACAUUUUUUAUUGUGCUGUACCCGAUGGGAGUGAUGGGGGAACUUUUAACAAUCUACGCCGCACUGCCAUAUGUGCAGAAAGCAGGGCUUUACUCCAUCACCUUGCCUAACAAGUACAACUUCUCAUUCGACUACCACACGUUCCUCAUCUUCGUCAUGAUCUCCUACAUACCCUUAUUCCCUCAGCUCUACUUCCACAUGAUGCGCCAGAGGAAGAAAGUUCUGGGUCACGUGGAGGAGUACAGCAAAGUGGAAUAACCAAGCGGACUGAUUGCACAGAAAGCAGAAACAAGCGGACAACCUUUAAAAGCCACACUUCACAGAUUCUGGAAAAAAAAUUUAAGAAGAAAAGGCCUCCUUGGCGAUUAGAACAGGCCAGUUAUGCAGAACGAUUGUUAACAAUACUAUUUUGGUCAAGAACUGUAGCAGUUGGUGAUUCUUUUUAGGGUUCAUGUAACUUACACAAAUGGCUUUGCCUCAAUUUAGAGGAAGGGGAAUGUCUUUAUCAUAUUAAUACAUCCGCUACCUUGUGACUUUUUUAAAAAUUAAUUCUAAAUGUAGAAUUACUGACCAAAUAUUGUAGCAAGUAUCAUUCAGAAAAAGGGCAAAACGCAAUUAGCUGCAUCUGCUGGCUUUUACCAGAAGAAACGUCCCAUGAUUCUCAUGUGUAGUGCGUUCUUUACACUGUAUUGAAUCUAAAUUGAUUUCAAUAUCUCACUUAGUUCAUUCCUUUAUACUUUGAGUGUUUAAUGACUCAAGCCGUACUUGACUUUCACACUACUAGCGUGUCUACUGAUUCCCAUUAUGAUUACUGUUAGUGUUUUCUUUUGUUUUGUGCUGUGCUUUCCUAAAGGAUCAAUGUUAAUCGGUUGUUUUAUUCAGUAUUGGAUAUAUAUUGUUGGUUUGUGGCCGUUUGCGCAGAAAAAGAGGUGAAUAACCCAAAGAAAUCCUCCGAGUUGCUGGGUCGGAUCUACAGUCAAUGCUACUAAUGUACUAGAUGUGCAUUUCUGUCGUAAAAAAAAAAAAAAAAAAAGAGGAAACUCCUGACACUUUUGGAGCUUGUGAGGAGAGCUACAGGAGCCAAUUGGAUUCGAGUGCCUCCAGUCAUGCUUUUCCAAUGAGUCAAAUCUAAUAAUGUGGAGGAAAAACCUGAGAGUUGAGAUUUUUAAUGCUUCAUUGCGCGUCUGCCUAAUUGUGAACCGCCAACUUCAGCCCCCCUGCCCCCCUCUCAAUGCAAAUGAAUCCCAUAUAUAAUGAAGUGCGAGCCACACUAUUGCACAGAUAGAGUCUUUUGGUAAGCCUGUUCAUGACGAAUUAGCAUGGGAUGCUGAAUGAAUGCUUGUGAAAAGCUGGAGUGCAACUUUAAAUAACACUGCAUGUCCAAGUGCUGUGGCUAGACCUUGGUUUGUUGAAGCAUGACCCUUAACUCGAUCUAAAACGCCAACAUUGUCAAGCUUUUGAUAUUAAAGAUCUGCAUGGGACCAGCAAACUUUGUAUGAAUAGUAAUACAAUGAUAUAUAUUUACAAUAAACCAUGACAUGGGAAGCAAA